AUGUCGGGGAUCACAGUGAAUUCGGAUUGUGGAGAAUGUUCAGCCCCUUCACAUGAGCUUUGCACCACGGAAUUACACCCAUACUCUAGCAUCGAUGAGGAUGAUGAACUUCUGAAGUAUAUCUGGAGGGAAUAUUUGCAUCCCAAGCAGUAUGAAUGGGUUCUUAUUGCAGGAUACAUACUUGUUUUUUUCGUUUCUCUCAUUGGAAACACAUUAGUUUGUUUUGCAGUGUGGAAAAACCAUCACAUGCGCACAGUGACCAACUGUUUCAUUGUGAAUCUCUCCUUUGCUGAUGUCCUGGUCACCAUCACCUGUCUCCCGGCAAGUCUUGUGGUGGACAUUACAGAAACAUGGUUCUUUGGAAACACUCUUUGUAAAAUACUACCUUACUUACAGACAAUCUCCGUAUCUGUGUCAGUCUUGACUCUGAGCUGCAUCGCUCUCGACCGCUGGUACGCAAUCUGCCACCCGCUGAUGUUCAAAAGCACGGCCAGGCGCGCCCGCAAGAGUAUCAUCCUCAUCUGGUUGGUUUCCUGUGUCAUCAUGAUCCCUCAGGCCAUCGUGAUGGAGUGCAGCAGCCUGCUCCCUGAGCUCACCAACAAAACCAGCCUUUUCACUGUGUGUGAUGAGCACUGGGGAGCUGAUGUCUACCCCAGGAUCUAUCACACCUGUUUCUUCAUCGCCACAUACCUCGCUCCCCUCUGUCUGAUGGUUCUGGCAUACACCCAGAUAUGUCAUAAACUGUGGUGUCAACAGAUUCCUGGGACGUCAUCUGUGCUGCAGAGGAAGCGGACGUCCCUCCAGUGUUCCGCUUAUCCCCCAGGUCCUGGGGAGUCAGCCAGGGUCCGGACCAGCACAGUGUCCGCUGAGAUCAAACAGGUCCGGGCCCGCAGGAAGACCGCCCGCAUGCUGAUGGUGGUGCUCUUCGUCUUUGCCCUCUGCUACCUGCCCAUCAGCGUCCUCAACAUCAUGAAAAGAGUAUUUGGGACGUUUAAGUACACAAACAGCAGAGAGACUGUGUACGCCUGGUUCACGUUCUCACAUUGGCUGAUAUAUGCCAACAGUGCUGCAAAUCCAAUCAUCUAUAACUUUUUAAGUGGGAAGUUUCGAGCGGAAUUCAAAGCAGCAUUUUCCUGUCACUCUUUUGGCCGAUGCCAGAACCAAACAGCGGGCAUACGGAAAAUAAUAAACACUGACAGCCGUAAAUCCUUGUCCACUCAAGUCAACAACAUGGACAAUGUCUCACGGAUAUCUGACCAUGUGGUUUAAUCCUAUGCUGGGGCAUGCUGGGAGUUCUUAUAAUUGCACCAUGCCACCCAGGACACACUGGCAUUCACUGUCGCCAUGAUAUGUACAAAGAUCACAAUUAGAAUUCAUACACAUUGUAACGUCAACCUUUUCAUAACAGACAUCUUGAAUGAGACCACGUACUCCGAAUGGACUGAAAGCACUCAAUAUCCACCACCCUGUGUGAAAGCAAAUCCCUCCCCAGGGGAAGAGAAGUGAUUUGAAUGAGUCAUGUCUGUUACAGACGGAUAACAGUCAUAUCGGCUCCAGUCUUUGAUUCUCAUCCCACCAGAGGCAGGAAGGAGCCCCCCAUGGUGUUGUACACCUCACCAGAAAGAACAGACUGAAGGAUGAAUCACAAUGCACAAAGAUUAAACCCUAUCAACGGUUAUUAUCAAAGCUUCUUAAAUCCGAAGAUGGAGUACAAAAGAACAGUUUACUCGUUAACUAGCCACAUCAGUGUACUACAUGUGUAUUUGUGAUGUUUACUUAUGAUGACUUCACUUAUCAUAAUAAUAAUUAUUGUUAUUAUUAAUAUUUGUAUUAUUGUUGUUGUUGUGGAUGCUGUUUAUUAUUGUUAUUUCUUCCUAUUCUAUGUGUAAUAUCUGGUUAUAUGUUUACAGACGUGGUAUUGUACAUUGACAAUCCAGCCAAAGUUAGAAAACCUCCAUGGAGGAAUACAUCUACAGAGGUUUUCAUGACAAGGUGGAAUGUUAAAUUCUCACAACCUUAUAUCAUAAAGACGGCUUUGUUUCUAAUUCACUGCUGGAUCAAACAACAACCAAUCAGAAGUAAAUAACCCUACAAGACAUUGAAUUCUGAUCGUUUUUUUUUACGACGUCUUAUUUCAUGUGAACCCUUGAAAAGCAGUUUCUACAAUUGCUUUUGUUUGUGAGUUCUUCUCAGGUGCUUGUUGUGAUGAUUUCUUAUUGGUGUUUCUUAUCAUGUCAUGUAAUUUUCAAAUAGUAUGUUAAGCAGUUUCCCCUAGAAAUGUAUGUGUUCAUGUAAGUGUUUGUUGUUUUUGAUCUGUUUGAAGGUAAACAUUUUAAACAUUUAUCAUUGUUUGUUGUGCUUCUUGUAAAACAACAUAGUAUGUACAGUAAGUAUUUGAUCCCCUGCUGAUUUUGUACGUUUGCCCAC